AUGCCAUACACCACGACGAACUACCGCCUUCGCUACUACCUGAGCUACGCGGGGAUGAAAUGGACACCGGAUAUCGUUCAAGACGCGCUUCCUCAAGAUGGUGAGUGUCAGUAUUGUGGCGAAAAGGUGGAGAAGGGUCAAACGCUUUGGAAACAGCGGUUCUAUUGUGAGAAAAAAAAAACCAAGGGGGUUGAGAACCGACUGAAGCGCAAACGUGAGUACAAAAAAGGUAAGUACAAGUGUGAGGUUUGCGAUAAGGUGUUCAAGCGCCAGAGCUCGCUACGCGUCCACAAGAUGAGAGGAAACUUUGCUUAA